UGUCACACUUAUAUUAAUUGAUAAAAAAACGAACUUGAUAAAUAGAUUUUGCUUAACUACCAGAACUACCAGUAACAAAAUGUCUAAUAUUUCAGAGGACGGACGUCAAAAAAUACCACGUAUUAUAACCUUCCGUCCUAGUUAUGAAGAAUUUAAAGACUUUUCAGGCUUCGUUGAUUACAUGGAAUCGAGAGGAGCGCAUCUCGCUGGCUUGGCGAAAAUUAUCCCUCCACCUGAAUGGGUUCCUCGUAAAUCUGGCUAUGAGAUAGAUCAAAUAAAUAUGACUAUACCAGCUCCCAUUUGCCAAAUUGUUUCUGGAAAACAAGGCGAAUAUCAGCAAAUUAACGUCACGCGUAGAUCAAUGACGUUACGUCAAUUUAAGGAAUUGGCCGAGUCGGAGCGUCAUCAGACUCCUAAACAUUUUGAUUACGAUGACUUAGAACGAAAAUAUUGGAAAAAUGUUACGUACAUAUCCCCUUUAUAUGCAGCGGAUGUCAAGGGUUCCUUGAGCGAUCCUGAUCUAGAAGUAUGGAAUAUUGAUAGAUUAGAUACAAUACUUGACUAUGUGAACAAAGAUUACGGCAUUGAAAUCGAUGGAGUGAAUACCGCAUAUUUAUAUUUUGGUAUGUGGAAAAGUUCUUUCGCUUGGCAUACCGAGGACAUGGAUUUGUAUUCAAUUAAUUAUUUGCAUUUCGGGGAACCGAAAACCUGGUAUGCCAUACCGCCUGCUUAUGGACGGCGCUUGGAGAAAUUAGUUGAUCGUAUUUUUCCUGAGAGCUAUCAUAAUUGUGGUGCUCAUCUACGUCACAAAAUGACUUUGGUUAGCCCUCAGGUUUUAAAGCAAAACAAAAUACCUUUUAAUCGUAUUACUCAAGAAUGCAAUGAAAUAAUGAUUACGUUUCCUUAUGGUUAUCAUGCUGGUUUCAAUCAUGGUUUCAAUGGCGCCGAAUCAACUAAUUUUGCCUCGAAACGUUGGAUUGAAUAUGGUAAGAGGGCUAGUAUUUGCCGCUGCCGCAAAGAUAUGGUUAAGAUAUCGAUGGAAACAUUUGUCAAGCGUUUUCAGCCUGAGCGUUAUGAAAACUGGCUAAGAGGUGUGGAUUACGGCUCUCAUCCUGAAGAGCCCAACAAGAUAUGCCCAGCGCCACCACCGACUCUGAAUAAAUACACAAGCCCAAAAAGGAAGUCUUCAAAUGAUUCAGAAACUCCACCAGAGUCUGCUGGCAACAAUAAGCUCACGCCAUCCAAUAACGUUUCCUGCCCCACUAAUUGUUUGCAAAAACGUGGUUGCUCCGUGGCUAUGCGUGAUGAACAAUCUGAAGUACCCCCUUCUAUUACAUGUACUACAUUUAAAAAAAUUCCAAGAGUUGUUUUACAUAAAAUUGAUCGUCCUAAUGCAGUUGCUGCCGCUGCUAAACAUAUGGAUUUCAACUCAACUGCUGUUGUAAAACUAAAACGUGUAUGGCAAGAUCUACCAUCUCCUACAACGGGCAAUAACCUACUCACAAACGGUAUUAUAAAAAACACCAAACGGAUGCGUUUCCAAACAAAAACUAUUUUAUUAGAUGAGGACGAAUAAGCGAAAAAAACACCCUACUGCCAAUAAAGUAAGUUUGAAGAUCUCAACCAAAAUGCCUCAUUCUCUUCCAUCCUCUAUUUUUCAUUAUUUUUCUCUUUUUUUUUGGAAUGCUGCAAUAACUAAGUACUUAGGUUAGCUUCUCUUCAUUUAUAAA